AUGAAGAAGAACUCCGGAGAGCAAGUAAAAAAAAGUCGUUAUGGUCGUGUAUCGACUAAAAGGAAGUUUGACGAAGAAUGUGAUAAUUCAUUAGGCAGAAAAACAGUUAUUAUUUCAACUAAGAAAAAUAAGUCAAAAUUACCAGUUUCUUCAGUAUCUUCUCCAGCUUCAACAUCAAAUAAUGUUCAUUCAAAUACACGUAAUAAUAAAGUAAAUGAAUUUAAUAUUGGCGAUAUAGUUUGGGCAAAGCCUGGGAAGUACCCAGUUUGGCCAGGAAUAGUAAUCAGUGAUCCUAAUUUCAAUAUACAUUAUAAAGGUAAUUUGUAGAUAUGUAAUUUUGUAUUUCGUUUUAACAAAAUAAUUUUUUGUUUAUUAUCUAAUCAAUAAUUUAUUUGUUUUAUAUAUUAGAAGAAAACAAUGUUACUAUGCUGCAUAUAUACUAUUGCAAUGAUGCGUACAAACGAAAUUGGAUAAGAAUCAAUCAAAUUUUUGAAUUUGUUGGAAAGGACAGUAUGUUAAGAGAAUUUCCAAAAUUAACAGUAAGUGAAACAUUUUUAAAACUUUAUGUACAACAAAAAAAAUAUAAUAGGUAGACAAUUUAUUUUUUCGCGAAAAAAGAACAUAUUAUAAAAUCGUCAGCUACCCAUCAAUACCAUAAGUAAUAGUUAUUUUGUGUGUAUGUUAGUGUAAAUGGCUGUAGUGUUAUAAACAAUCUAUCAAUAGUUUUCAAAUAUUGAGUGUCUACCUGCAGCUUUCAAAUAAAAAUUGUAUUAAAUAAAUAGAAAACAUAGUUUUAUUCAGAAUAUAAAAAUUUAAUUAAUAAUACAUUAAUAAAACAAUUAUUACUAAUGAAAUAUUUCAGUUUUCCUUGGAAAAAUGUCUCAUCAAUUUCAAUAACAUACCUAUAGCCUUAGGUCACUUAGUGAAUUGGUAAUCAAUCACAACAUUGCAGCAAAACAUUGUUUCAUUUAAUUUUUUACUUUUUCGUGAUAUUCUUUUAUGUUUACAUAAUAUGUUAAUCAUCUAUACAAUUGUAUUUUUUUUUCACUAUUACUACUUAUAAACUCAAAUUAUCGCGACAUUAAUAGGACCAUUCAACAAUAAUGUGAUUUCUUUGGCUGGUUCACUGCAUAUACUUUUUUAUGUAGGUAAUUCUUAAAAAUCUAGUAAAUUCUAUUAAAGAUAAUAUGUAAAAAAAAAUCUAUAUUAUUUAUGCAAUUUUCAACAGACAAUAUCUUCUAUGGUGAAUUUAUCAUGUAUCGUGUAUUUUUAUGUUUACACAAAAUAAGUUUUUUUAUAUGAAAAUUAAUUUAAUUAAUUUUUAAAUUUAUGUUCAGGGCAAUCAAUUAUAUUGUUUAAUAUUUUAUCCAAAAAUUUUAAAUAAAAAAACGUGGCUCUAAUAUUUUUAUAGUGAAUUAUUUUAUUUCUACGUCAUAGCCUGUAAGAGGAACUCUGAAUUCAAAACAUUGACUGAUAAAAUUACUUUGAAUUUUUUCUAAACCUUGUGUGUGUUUUUGAUUACGGAUGCCAGAUUAGGAGUGCAUAAUCAAAAUGAGAACUGAUAAUAAUUUAUACUAAUUUAUGUAUAAAUUUUUUAAUGCAAAUCUAUCCUUAACCGCGCACGCAUGUAUUUUUAGAAGCUUAAUUUAGUAGAUGCUUUAUUUAUAAUAAAUAUAUAUGGUCAUUAAAAGAAAGUUUCAUAUUAAACCUCACUCGAAGAUUAUCAAGACAUUGGGGUUACUUUUAAUAAAUAUAUCCAUUUCAAAGAGUAAUUAGAUUUAAUAAUCAUUCUUUUCAAUGAAAACAUAAUCAUAGAACAUUUUUCCAAAUUUAAAUAUAAAUUAUUAUUUUGACACCAUUUAUAAAUAUUAUCUAUAUUAAACUGCAGUUUAAUAGUGUCAUCAAGAAACCUUAUAUCUCUGAAUAUCUAUUUUUGCAAAUAAUUGUCAUUUUUCGGCAAAUAAUAAGGUUUUUUUCAAAUAUGAAACAAUUUCUUUCGUCUAUAAUAAUAAAAUGCUUAAUUUGAUUUUUCAAACAAUAAGAGACAAAUGAUCUCUUUAAGAGACUUUUAAGGUAACAUGGAUUUGUCUCAAAAGAAUGAUUCCGUAUUUAAUAAUUUAUGUAUAGUCUGAAAUUAAUAAAUGAAACUAUGAAAGAAGUGGAUCAGUAAACUCAUAACUGUUUGGUUUAUUUAUUUAUAAUUUAUGGAUUAUCCUGUCAGAGGCUUUUCCAUGUCAGUAUAAACAACAUCAGUUUGGGAUUGAGUGUUAAAUUAUUCUGAUAUUGAUUGUUUAAAUAUGCUUAAGUUUGUUAUUGUUGAUCUAUUUUUCCUAAAAUUAUAUUGGUAAUUUGAUAAUAAUGGAUUACAUUACAGUAUUAUAAUGCUAUUGAUUAUUUUAGAAAAUAAUUUGGGAAUUAUAGAUAGUUUAAAUACUUGGAAAUUAUUGUUUAUUAGAUUCUUAUUACCUCUUUUGAAAAUGGGGGUAAUAAACGAUUACAUCCAUUGAUCUGAAAAAAUACUUAAGUGUAAUGAAUUAUUAAGUAAUGGAGUGAUGACUGGCGUAAGUUUGAAUACACACUCUUUUAAAAAUAUUAGAGAUAUUUUAUCUUGUAAAUUGCUGUUUUGAAAUAAGUAUAACACAAUUCUUUAAAAAUGUCCAUCUGCUUCAGUCCAAUUUUCAAAAUAAGGUUUAUAUUCUGAUAUUGGUGAUUAUAAGAAGUUUCCAUAGUUCGUACCAAAUUUAAAUUUGAGUCUAAAAAAUGAUUCCAUAACUAUGUUAAACGUACUAAAUUAUCAUUAAAAAAAAUCUCUGUGACUUCUGGUAAACAGAGAGAUGCUGAUCUUUUGCCUCUUACUUUUCCUCUGUGUAUUUAAAUAACUUGACUAAACGCAAUCUCGAUAAUUUGAUUAUUCCAUUCUUUGAUCUACCUAACAAUGUUUCCAAUAGUCUUGAUGAUGUCUAUAAUUGCCUAUCUGCACUUCAUGGUUUAUCAUCUGUUGGUACUGAUAGUCUCUCCAGUAAAUUUAUGUUGCAGCUGAGAUUUAUUAUCUUUUACCCUCUAUGGACUCUUUUCAAUAGAUCUUUAAAUGAAGAUGUUUUUCAUUUAAUUUUUAAAUACAGUUCUGUUAAUCCUAAUUUUAAAUCAUCCUUCUUCAGUCUUAAAUUACAGACCUAUUUCAAUCCAAUUGCAUAUUAUACAAAUAUUUGAAUCUCUGGUUCUAAAGAAAAUCCAAAUUCCAGUUAAUAAUAUUUUAAUGGAGGGACGACAUGUAUUUUGUCCUAGUCGUUUCACUUCAACAUGCAAUCUCCUAUUUAAUAAUUUUGUAUUUGAAUCAUUUCAACAGCGGUUGUAAGUUGAUGGUGUUUAAACAGACUUCAGCAAAGCUUUUUUAUUUAGUUAAUCAUAAGAUUUUAAUUAAUAUUUUUAGUAGUUAUGGUUUUUAGAACCUUUUUUUGUCAUGGCUUACUGCAUAUCUUAGUAAUCAGUUUCAAUGGGUAAAUAUUUUUUUGGAACCAAGUCCAAUUUAUUCUUAGCAUCUUCUGGCGUUUCUCAAAGUGGACACCUGUGUUUUUUUUUUGUAAAUAAUAUCAGUCAUGUAUUUGGUCACUCGUAUUCUCUGCUUCUCUGAUGAUAUUAAACUCUGUUUGCGUGUUGGUUCAAUUAAUGAUUGCCUUUCUAAACUGAUCUGGACAGGUUUAUAGAUUAGUUUGGAAAUAUUUGCUUAUUCUUAAAUAUAUCUAAAUGUAAGGUUCUAAUUUUCACACACAGUCAUUUGCCAAUAAUCCAUUCCUAUAAUAUUUUAUGUUCAAAUAUUUUACGUGCUGAUAAAUACGUAAUUGAUCUUGGUUUUAAACUUACCAGCCACAUAUUGACAUGGUUUGUUAUAAGGCCUUGAAAAUUCUUUAAUUUACUCUUGGUUUUUUAAGGAUUAUAAAUUAGAUUCCUCAUUUAAACUACUCCAUUUUACCCUAGUCCAACCUAUAUAUUGGAAUAUGGUGUAGUUCUCUGGUGUCUGUAUACUGCUUAUGAUUCUUUUAACUUGAAAAAGUCCAGCAUCGGUUCCUUUGUUCUGCUGCUUUCUUGGUAGGCAUUGAACAUCCUUCAUAUGAUUAUUCUCCUGUUGCUGCUAAAUUAGGACUUGUAUCUUUAGCUAAACACAGGUGUAUGUUUUGCAUAAAGUUUCUAAAAGGAUUGUUGCCUGGCCAAGUUAAUUCAUCUGAUUUAUUAUCCUCAAUCAACUUUCUUAAUCAAAGGUCCCUUGUUAAAUUCGUUCUGCUGUUCCUUUUUAUGUCCCUAUAUGUUCAAACAAUUAUAUGAAAAAUGACCCUAUUAGGCGUUUAAUGUUGAUGGCCAAUAAGGAUCCUCUAUUGAUUUUAAAUUACACCAUAUUUAUGUUAAUUUGUUAAUAUUAAUUUAGCUUAAUUUUUUAAUUUUAAACAUAUUUAUCUUAAUUUUUAAAAAUGUUUAAUUGAAUUUACUUAUCUAUUACAAGUAUUUUUGUAGUUACUGUAAUUAUGUAACUGUACAAAUUUUCAAAAUUUCUGCCUGUUUAAAAUAUUUAAAAGAUGAAAGUUAAAAAAUAAUUCAUGAAAUGAUUGUUCAAAAUUAUUUUUCAUUCAUAUUUGUAUUUGGCUACUUUAUUUUUGCUCUUUUACUUUUAUUCUAUUAUUGAGAUGUUCUAUUUAACUGAUCAGCAAAAACUAGUAAUCUGUCCAAACCCCGUGGCACGCAAUUUGGAUAUGUCUUGUAAAAUAGGCAUGUACACUUCAGUUAUCGGCUAACAUUAUAUUUUUUUUGGCAUGCAAUUCAAAUGCAAUCGUUAUAAGUAUAGUAAAUAAUUUACAGUAUGAUGGAUAAAAGCAGCUUUUAUUGGCGGAUUAAAUCUAUCACUAGACUCUAUUGGAUUUAUGCAUUACUUUAUAUCGACAUUAGUAAUAAUUGUUAAGAUUUAAUUUAACAUAUUGUUGUUAUGAUUUUUAAUAUUAUAUAUUUGUGAACAAUUUAAAUAAGCCAGUUAAUUAUUGAAAUAAGAAUAAAAUUUUAAAACAUUUGCCAAUGGUAAAUUAAAAUCACCAAACAAUAAGAAAAUCUCAUUUUUAAAUUUUUGACACAAUAGUUCAAAAUAUUCAUUAAAUAAUCCUUCAUAUUUUGAUUUAAUAUGCAUAUAGAGCUGAUAAUAAUAGUGAGAUUAAACAUUUUUAUAAGUACAAAUAAAAAUUUGAUACUAUUAUUUACAAGCUUAAAAUUAAUAGUAUUUUUAAUAGCAAUAAGUACAAAAUCACCUCUAAAUAAUGAACUCGAUUGACUUUUUCUGUCGUAUCUAAAAACAUUGUUAUAAAUAAAAAAUUCAGUUGACCUAAAGUUAAUUUUUUUAACCAAGUUUCAGUAAACAUAAAUGUAUCAUAUUGUACCCGGAGCUUUUAAAUAUAACAGUUUAUUAUUUAAUCUACGAUCAUUUUGAUACUAGAAAUUUAAAUUUUUAAUUAGUGAGUGGUGUGCUUAUCAUUUUUUUGUAUUAACAAUUUUUGGAAUACCUUUAUGUAUUUAACAUUUACAUCGUGUUUCUCAUUUUUCUUAAUUGUUGUAACAUCCUUCUAAUAUCUGCCAUUUAUUUUAGUUUUUUAUUUUUUUGUAAUAACAAAAUAGUAAACACAUCCAAUUGAUUUGUAUGAUGAAUUUUUGCGUUGAAAAUGGAGUAUUGAAGUCUUUUUUAAAUUUUCUUUGUUACAAUAAUAUCAACUACCUAUAAAAACAAAUCUAAUUAUUAAUUAGAAAUCAAUUUCACUAUGAAUGCUUAUUACACUUCACAACAUGAUAUUUAAUUGUUUGACAUAAUAAUUAUUAAUUAUACUACAUUGGAUUAUAUUUAUUGUAACAAUAUAGUAUUACAAGAUCUAUACAUUUCAUUCAAUAAAUAUUAUACUAAUCACUAAGUAUAUUAUAAUAUUAUACAAAUUAUGAUGUCUUAGAUAGUGAUGGGCACUUACUUGGUACCUGUGUAUUUUUUGGGGUAAAUACCGGGUUUUUAUUUGAUGAAUUAGAUAAAUUUAUUUAUAGUGUAAUACACAUAUACAGCAAUGCAGUGUAUGUAAAAAAUUGUUUUUUUAAUACUUAUACUGAUACUCAUACUUCAUAAAUUUAUAUUUUAUUUUUAUAACGGAACGAGCUGUAGUCCAAUAAAUUAACAUAACAAUCAGACUUUACUUUUCCAUUUAAAUAUUACAAUUUAACAAAUUAAUGAAAACUUGUUUUUUUUUUAUAACUUUAGUCAUAAAAUAAUUUAAUCUUCAUUCUAAAAAUACAAAAAUCCUGUAUGGGCCACCAUUUCGGGAUUGAAUUUUGUAAAUCUGGUUGUGUAAUUCACAUACACUCAUCUAUCUGUUUCUAUAGGUAAAUUUGUAUAACUAGUCAUGUGAUAAAUUCAGCUGUAGACGACUCUCAAACAAAUAGAGAGACACUUCCUUUUAUAGCUAUAAAUUAUUAGGUAUUGGAAAAAACCAGACAUAUUUUACACAAUGAUAGGUACAUGUAAAUAAUUUGGCCAUUUACCAUAAAAAAUGUUAUUCGUAAAUAAUUAUCUAACUUUGUAUUAUUCUUUAUGUACAAUAUUCAAUUUUUAGAAGUACUGAAAAAUAUACAAACUGAUGUGAAAAAGAAAAUUUGAUUAAGUUUAUCAUUAAGUUUGAAAAAAUCCUAAUAAUAAUACCUAAUAAUUGUUUAAUUUUUAUUAUUGGUAUUUUCUGAGCUAGAAUGUGUUAUAACAAUGUUUUUAUUCUAUUUUGAUAAUAUUUAUUUUGGACACCAGUGUUUUUGUGCAUAUUUUUUUCAUUCAAAUACUCUGGUUAGAUUUAAUUAUUUUGUGUUAUAAUAUUGAUAAUAUUUUGUUUUUUCAGUAUCAUAGUUAAAUUUCUAAAAUAACACUUUGAUAUAAAUAUUUAAAAAAUGUAUCAUUUGAGAACUUUAAACUAUGAUGUAUUUAAGAUCUGCUAAGUUAUUAAUGUAAAUUAAUUUAAAAAUUUUUCUAUUUCAAUUUAUUGGAAACUUAAAAUAUUGUUCUCCAAUUAAUCUAUUGCUGUGUUGUACAAAAUUAAUUAUUAUUAUUAUUAUUUUUUUUAAUAUACAUAAAAGGCCAGAUUGAUGUAUUAAUAAUUAAAAUGUUUACAUUAAACUAAAACAAUAACAUUUUUCUAAUUUUAUUUUCAGACACAUGUAACCCGAAGCAAAAUAAAAUCAAAAUGGAAUAGAGCAGUAGACGAAGCAACAUAUCUAACAAUGAUAAACAGGUAAGAUAUUAAAUUAUAAUAAUACAAAUAAAACAAAAUUAUAUCUCAUAAAAAAAUUAUUGUUAUUUUUGAUUUAUAUAAUUUAUUAUAAUUAAUGAUUAAAAUUGUAUUUCAGAGAGGAUCGAAUAAAAGCAUUUUUUUCUAAUACUUUUUUACAUAAUAUUGAAAUGACGAACAAUGCUCAGGUAAAAUGUUAAUUGUCAUAUAAUCUAUUUUAUAUUUUUAAGUUACCAAAAUGUUUGCUUUGGUUUAUGACCGUAAAGUGAAUAUUGUUUUUAUCAUAGACUAGCCAUUUUCUCAGUAUAUGAAUUUUUACUAUUUUUAUCUCGAGUCGUUUUAAAUAAAUUAUACCAUAUUAUGUUUAUUGAUUAUAUAAUAUAAUUAAUAAUAUGUUGAUACCUAUUAAAGAUAAAAAUUAGUUUUUUUCAUUUUUUUUAUAUUUAAUUAAUAUGCUAAUUUAAUAUAAUUUUGUUUAUAAAAACAAAAAAAUCAUAAAUAUUAUAAUUAAAUAGAGAGAAUGACUAAUCCAUGAUCAAUAAUUUAUUUUAUUUAUAGGAAAUGCAUAGAAUUAUUAUUAAUGUUAGUUUGAUGAUUCUGUCUCUUUUUCUUCUUCACCUUUACCUUCAUCAAUUAUUUUGGGUCUGCCACCUUCUUCUUACACUUCUACUUAACUCAAUCUUCUGCAUCAUCCUCGCAUACAUUGACGCAUCUCAAUCACAUCCAACCAACUUUUAUUGUUUAUUUUUAAUUGUCAACUUUUAUAACAUAUUUUUUUUCUACUUCAUCUCCUCUUUUUUACAUUAAAAUAUCAUAUUUAUUAAUUAUUCUUAAAUAAAAUGAAAGUAAUUGAUUAAGUAAAUUUACAAGCAGUUCAUAAUAUUAUCUAUAAAAUAAAUAAUAUUAAUCUAUCUAUGUAUUUUAUUUUUACCUAUAUUUCCCUGUGUAAAAUUUAACUUAUUUUUACCUAAGGGCAAGGUUCAGUAAUAGUGGGCCAAGUCCAUCUCGUGGAGAGAAAAUAAAUGGUCAAUCAAUCUUUUUUUACUUUAACGCUGUUGUUUGUUUUCAUUAUUUGUCUCUGUUUAGAGCCAGAAUAUUUGAGCCCGUCCAAAUAUAAUCUAUAUUUAUGAUGUAUUUAGUAAUUACGAUGGCAAAUAUUGUUUGUUAACUAAUACAUUUUUUUUUCCUGGAGGUGUAAAUAAUGGAGAACUCCAAAUAAUAGAGUUGACAGAUUGUUGGUUUUUUUUUUUUUUUAGCCUAACUCCAAAAGUAUAUGGCCCUUGAAAAAAUGUUUUCAAAUUAUCUUACUACCCUUAGAAAUUAAUUGCCAAUUUCUGCCUUAAAGCAUUGAAUAUUAUUAUUUUUACUUUUCCUAGGGACCCACGGGACUCAUUUUAUUUGAAAAUCUUUGACUGCCUAAUAUUUGCAAUUCAUAUAUUAUAUAUAUUUUAAUUCGGACCAUGGAGUUGCUCAUGGAUUAAUUAUUAUAUUUUAUAUAAGUGUGUAAUCAAAAUGAAAUGAUUGUAGAAUAUGAUGGUAUAUUUUCAUAAAUACAUUCAUACCAUAACUUAAAUAUAUAUUACCCAUUUUUUUAUAAACCAACAUUUGAUUAUUAACGAAUAACUAUUGCAUUAUAAUUUAUGAUAAUACCUUUUUUUAUGUACUAUAUGAAAUGUGAUUAUUGGUAUUUUUUUUUUUUUACAUUAUCAAUAUUAAUUCCUAACACAACAUUCAUUAUUCUCAGAAUUUCUUUAAUUAUUUGAUUUAUUAAAAUUAAAAUAAUAAACAAAACAAUUAAAUAAUAUGAUAACAUUUAUGUAGAUAUUUUUAUUUUUACAUAAUUAACUCGGCUAAACAUAUUUACAGAAUAAAAAGCCAUCUAUUGAACAAUCUGAAAACGAUCAACUAUCAGCCAUUUACAAUCAACAACCAGCCAUUGAGAAUCAACAAGCAACAAUUGAAAAUCUACCAUCAACUAGUUGUAAUUUACAAAUUAAUACAAACUUAUUUGAUGAUGAUUUUAAACAAAAUAUAACCAAUCAUGAGGUACAAUAUUUGGUUAGUGAAAACUUUAAUUGACCUUAAAAUUAAUUUUUAUCAGUAAGCAUUUAUACUUUGUUAAUUAUUUGAAAUCGUAUAAUUUCAUUAAUUGUAAUGUUUUGCAUAGGUGUGUAAAAUAGAUUUAGAUAAUACUAAUUGAGAAUUUUUGAUAAGAUAAUAAAAAAAAAUUGAACCAUUCGGAUUAGUUCUCAUUGAAGUUAACUUAAUUCAAUCAAAUAUUUUUACUCGGUUUAUGUUAAAUUUAAUUAAAAAGUUAAAAUUAAUAUACAUUAUUAUUUAUAUUUUGCCUGCUUUUAAAAAUAUGGAUUUUCAGGUCAGUAUCAAAACCUACUCAGAUUUCACAUAUUUUAUCAUAAACAUCAAAAUAUUCUUAAUAUUACAAUUCAUCAAUGGUUCUGAAGUUUUAUUUGACAUUUUUUUUUUUACAUAUUUACUAAUUUCUUUAAAAUGUACAUAUUGUAAUACUUAAUAUUGAUUUUAAUAUUUAAAAUUAAUAAAUUAUACAGUAUUAUACAGUUUCCUAUAGUGUUAUCCUUGUGUUAAUAAUUUUGACAAUAUUCAUUUAUUUUUAUUUUUUUAUUGGGUUUUGUGCGAGGUGGACACAUAUUCAUAAGUUAUUUUUUAAAAUAUGAUUCUAAAAAUUUGAAUGUAUCAUACAUGAAAAUAAUUAAUUUUCAAUAGAAUAACACGUUAUGCGAUAAGGAAUUACAAUCAGCACAGUAAUUCCUUAUCUUAUAUUAAAUAUUAAUUGUUUUCACACCUAUUCUCUAUAUAUAAUAGUUACUAUAAAAAAGAAAAUAUUAAUUGGAUAUGAAUGUAUGAUUCAUUAUAAUUUUUUUAGAAUAAUAUAUCUUUGAAACUUACUAUUUUGAAAAUUUAGAAAGUGGAAAAAUCAAAAAUAAUUUUUCAUGAAGGGAUUAAAAUAAAAAUUUAAUUUGUCUCUACACAUGUGUUCCCCCUCGCAAAACACCAAAUUAAAAGAAAAAAAAUGAAUAAUGAUAGAGAUAAGGAUAACACUGUAAGUCACUUUAUGUUUUAUAUAUUUUUGUCAACCAUAUAUGUCAUAGAAUAUUCAUAUUUUUAGAUUAGGUAACAUGAUUUUCAUGCAUAUUCAUUAUUAGAUUUAGAGCAUGGCGAGGGUACUAUUUGUUUUACUUACGUGUUUUUUUUUAUGUGUCUAUGAACAACUUUUUGACCAGAAAACUUAUUCCAAUCAAAAACUAACAAGAGACCUUCUAUGUUGCAUUUUGGAUCUAUUGGUGCAUUGAGGAAGUCAUUUUUUUUAUAUUUUUAGAGGUUUUCAUAAUAAUUGGAAAAAACCGCAAAAGAAAUUAUUGUGUUCAUGUAUCCAUCCUUCUCAACUUUCCAUCUUCGACAGUAUCAUCUUUUUAUUUUAUUAGUUCAUUUAAUUAUAUUCAAAAAGGAAAAUCAAUGUAACGAAGAAGUCAAAUACAAUGAUCAAAUAUUUUUUUAAAUAUCUACUCAUUUGUAUACUUAUAUAAUAUGGAUUAUCAAUUGUAUUUGUAUUUAGAGUUUAACAAUUUAUUGAACAUUGCUGGCCCUUAUUGUUUUUUUUAUUUAUAUUAAACCAUUACUAUUCAUAUUGUUAUUUAUGGAAUAGCUACACAGUAUUAACUUUAUAAUGGUAACUUUUAAAACAAAUAUUGGUAGUUUAUAUUUUAUAUUAAAAAUUAAAUUUAACCUAACCUCACCUAUAAAAAUGAAAUAGAAUUAAAUUUAAAAAAGUAGAUAAUUUGCCUUGGGUAGGUUGGUUCUGUCCUAAUUGUUUAAUGUAGCUUUAAAUAAUAUAAAAGUAAAUUAAAUAUAUAUUGUUUUAUUGCAGAAUUAUAAAAAAGAACAUCCAAGAGUUUUGAUACCAGAACUUUGCAGGUUGUUUUAUUUGAAUGGAUGGGUAACUGGCACUGGUGGUGGUAUCAGUAUCAAAUACGAGUAAAUAAUUUAUAUUUAAUUAUGUAUAAUUAAUUAAUGUACAUGUCUAGAUUAUUUAAACAUAGCGUUAUUUUAAAAAUUAUGCCGUUCAUGUUGUAUGUGUCCUACCUAAUUGAUUUUUGUUAUUUUACAAGUAUAUAUUAUAAUUAAGACAACAAUAAGGAUAGACAUAACAUCUAUCCUAAUUCCACCCCCCUAAAACCACUCUUGACUGAAAAAACUACCUAGAUAUUGUUCUAACUUGACCUAUGGAAACCAUUCUAUAUGAUACUUGUACUUAAAUAUUAUUAAAUUGAUGAAACCCAUCUCAUGUUAAAUUUUUAAAAAUGUGCGUCUCCUAGAGUUUUUUUACACCUUUAGAUAGAGCUUAAAUAAUAAUAGGUCAUUUUAGAAACUCAACCCCUUAAGAAUUAAUAAAUGGUGUCAAAGGUAGUAUGGAAAACUAACUAUACCUAUUAAGAUUUUAGUUUUUAUGUAUGGGUGUAAAAUUGAAUGAUUUCACUGAUUGUAACUUUAAGGAAUCAUAGAAUUAUUAUUAUAAUAUUGUUGGUUAUCUGUAAUAAUAAUGACAAAUGUGAGUAGAUUUUAAAAUUAAUUAGAUUCAACAAGAUUAUUAUAUAUUAUGUCCAUUUGUGAUUGAAACAUGGAUUGGCAUUGGAUAAUGGGUAGGUAUGUCACAGUAGUUAUUAAGUUGGUAUCAGAUACACACCACAUACAAUAUGAAUACCCAAAUUCCUUGAAAAAUAUUUAAAUUUUAUAUUUACUUACCACCCAUUAUAAUUUUGAUGUGUACAUUUAAUUAAGGUGUAGUAAUAGAAAAUUGCAUAGGUAUUAAUAAUCAUUUUAUGUUUUAGAAACCAUAUUUAUAUCGCUCCAUCUGGAGUACAAAAAGAGAGAAUACAACCUGAAGAUCUUUUUGUUCAAGAUAUCCAUGGUGUUGAUGUUGAAUUGCCUCCUCCCGAGAAGAACUUUUCAAAGAGUCAAUGUACUCCAAUAUUUAUGUGUUCUUAUACUUGUAAGUUAUUGUCAAAAGUAUAUUGAGUUUAUAAAAUAAUGUUUGUUGAACAAUUAAUAUAGUGCGUGAUGCAGGGGCUGUAAUCCAUAUACAUUCAUUAGAAGUAGUAAAACUAUGUUUACUGAGUCCUGGAAAAGAUAUACGUAUUAAUGAUUUGGAAAUUAUUAAAGUGAGUCAAUUGUAUACAGUUAUAAACAAUAAACUAAAUUAUUUGAAAACAUUUAUCUUAAGGGCAUUUAUAAUGAAGAAAAAGGGAAAUACUAUGAUAACGAUGAAGAAGUUGUUAUACCCAUUAUUGAAAAUUCAAAGUAUGAAAGGGAUCUAGUUGGCACAUUUAAAUUGGCAUUAAGAAAAUAUCCGAUGACUUCAGCAGUUAUCGUACGUAAUCAUGGAAUGUACGUCUGGGGUAAAGAUUGGCAGUCUGCUAAAACACAGUGAGUGUACAUUUUUACUGCCACAAUUUAAGAUUUAUAACAAUAAUUUAAAAAUUUCUUACUGUGGUAUUUUUAUUAUAUUUGUUUUGCAUUCACUUAUUUAAAUAUUAAUUUAUUAAUUUAUACACUUUUAAUGAAUUUCAGAUGUGAAUGUUAUGACUAUGCAUUUAAAGUAAUGAUUUUCAAGAAGCUCAAUCGCCUUUAA